CACAGCGCCAUCACCGUGGGGGUCCCGGCGGAGGCAGAGGGUGAGAUCCGCACUGGGCUGUGCUGGCAGCAGCAGGGUGACACCACCGUGGUGGUGCCGGUGCCAGCCCCGGGGCGCCGUAGCCUGGCCAGGAAGGAGGUGAAGAGCACCCUGACCCGGUACCGGGUGCUGGGCACUGCAGGGGGCUGUGCCCUCCUCCAGCUCCAGCCCAGGACAGCCUUCCCGGAGCAGCUCCAGGUGCACCUGACGAUGCUGCUGUGCCCAGCCCUGGGUGACCACCAGCAUUCCUCCCGGGUGGGCAAGGUGCUGGGGGUGCCCUUCCUCCUGCCCCCCGAGGCUGCCCCCACCCGCACACAGGUGCUGGACGAGGAGCUGCUGUCCCGGCUGGGGCUCUCGUCGCAGCAGCUCCAACGCCUCCCGCUCCACCUCCACCUCCAGCAGCUGCUGCUGCCCCAGGGCCCGCUCUGUGCCCCCCUGCCACCCCACUUCCUGCGCACCCUGCACCGCCUGGGACUGCCCGAGGAGCCCUGACACCCCCCAACCCAACCCCACUCCCCCUCUGCCACCCCAUUAAAUCCCCACCGGGGUGGCUCAGUA